UACCAAUAACGUUAAUCUCACAAGGAAAGAGCUCCCACUCAAGCCAAGAACAAUUCCGAUCAUGGCAGAAGAAUUUCAUGCAGGGAUUUGUCGAGAAAUAUGGUGGAAUCCGACGAAAACCAUGUUUACAGGGUGUAAUUCUCCGCUGUAUGCGACGGGGAUUGCUGAUAUCGGAAGCUUCGGAUGGGGCACUGAUACGGCGGAUAUCAAGGCGAGGUCCAACGAUUCAGUUUUCUAUCAUAAGCCUGAUCAGCUGCAGGCGGAUUCCGAUCGUAAUGGUGACAGCAGUGUUUUGAUUGAUUCCACCUUACAAAUGAUGGGUUUCGGCUUUUCAUCGUCCACAACAUCGGACUGGAACCAGUCUUUGCUGUUGAGUUCCAGUGAAGAUUCUUCCAUUAACAGUUGCCAAGGAUUAUCAGCUGGGUUUGCAAUGGGUUCAGCCUCAUAUGACUGUCCAUCAACACUGACACAAACUCCGUUCGAAGCUGAUCGGAAAGUACCCCAACAACAAUCACUUUUCAACAACCAGUCAAUCAACUAUAUGCCUUCCGCCGCCGCUUACGGUGCUCCUUCCAUAAGGCCGCCGCCAUUGACAAAGCAGCCUGCAGGUAACUUGCAGUUCUCCAACAACACAUCCUUUUGGAACCCGUCGCCGCCGUUCGAAGAGAAACCUAAUUGCUCCAGCCUGACGACAGAGACCAACAUCGACGGAGUUCGGAAUCGGAAAAAUUCGGGGUCAGUGAUGAAGAAAGGAAGCAGUACUGAAACUCCAUUGAAAAGGCCAAGACUUGAAACUCCAUCGCCAUUACCAACUUUUAAGGUUAGGAAAGAGAAGCUAGGGGACCGAAUCACUGCCCUGCAGCAAUUGGUUUCACCUUUCGGAAAGACUGAUACUGCAUCAGUUCUACAUGAAGCCAUUGAAUACAUCAAGUUACUCCAUGAUCAAGUCAUUGUAUUAAGUACUCCAUAUAUGAAACAAGCAGCAGCUCCCAUACAACAACAGAGUAGUGACAAGUUGAAAGACCUAAGAAGCCGGGAGCUUUGUUUAGUGCCGGUGUCAAGCACAUUCCCUGUCGCCGCUGAGAGCCCGGUCGAUUUUUGGAUGCCGACGUUCGGUGCAACUUUCAGGUAAAUCAUCUCCGGACAUAAACAAAAGAGAAAGGGCACAAACAAAAGCAUAUGGUCAGCUGCUACAAAGCAGGAAUGAUAGAAUGUAGGGCUAGAAAAUGAUUAGGAACCCAACCCUCUAAAAAAAGGAAUAUAGCCAUAGGCUUUUCCCUCUUUUUUCUUUCAAUAAUCCAAGUUUUUUUACAUGUUAAUUAUAGUUUGGAGGUGAUUAGCCACAGGAACAAGUGCUAAAUUCAGCGAAAAUCAACAUGAAUUUUAACUUAUUUGUAGUAUUAAAUUAUAUA